AUGUCAAGAAAUGGCCCGACCGUGAAGCACGCAUAUGUCUUAAAACUAAAGGGGGCUGGUUGCUUGGAAGAAACUCAUUCAGAGGCACUCGGUCAUCGCGAUAGCCUCACUUUCUCCAAGUUCAACAACGUAUCCACAGCUCAAGAUAAAGAAGCCAGGGAGAUCUUCGUAUUCCUAGCAGGAAAUAGAAAUGAAACAGAAUACUAUGUUCAGAAAGGAAAAGUGCUGACGCCCACGAUGUGUUGCCCCGAGAUAGGCGGGUGGUGCUCAAGGCGAGAUCAACGAGAUCUCAUGAAGGGGGAGGAGAGCAAUGUUCAUGAACAGAGGCAAAGGGGCACUCCAUUCACGUUUCAGAUUAAAGCAGGCAGCUGCCUGGGUAGAUAG